AUGGAGCUUAACAUGAAUUUUAUUUGCUUUUAUAGUUUAGGAAUUUUACUCCUAUGCCAACAUCAUUAUUGCGAUGAACUUUCGACGCCAUCAUUAACAUCAUCAAGUGAUUUGGAGACGAAACAUUUAACGACAUUAAUUUCGACAACAAUUAAGCCACAAAACUCAUCAUCAACUACUACUCGGAAUGAAUUAAUACAAGUGAAAACUUCAGUUGUAAAGACAACGACAACUCACACCACUCGUCUUCAUCGCGUCACAAAUGCACCAAAUGACGAGACAAUUCUUGACGUCACAACGCCAAUAGAUGGUUUAUGCCUCAUGACUCAAUUCGAUGAGAAAUUCAAUGAUAAUUAUUUAAUUAAUUCAAUCAAUGGUGAUAUAAUCAUAACAAUUAUUUCACAUCGCUCAAAUAAUGCAACAGAAAUCAUAAAAUUUAUCAUCAAUCACAUCAAUGGAAUUGGACUAUUGGUUCAUAACGUUACGAUUGGUGUUCGAAUUGUACAAGUGGGAAGAGUGGAGAAUCUCUUGGAUAUACUUGAGAAUGAGAUCGAUUACUUGGAGCAUUGUGUUGAUAAUCCAUUC